UUGUUGCAGCUAAGGUCCUAGGAACUUCAAUUAGUGGAAAGUGGUGCAAACUCGUGUGUGGAAACAUUUGAGCAGCGCGUGCUCAGUGCGUCAAUAGUCUUCACUAAAGCGUACAUUUUCAAGAUACAACCGAUAAUACAGAUUUGAUGCAAUCGAAUCAAUAGAAACUAGACUGCCAGUAUCAGUGACUGGAGUUCUGUAAAUCCCUGUUUUUGCAGUGCGAUUUUGACACACAAUCGCAUCCUACAAUAACAUUGGUACAAUUGGUAGCAGAAGACUUUGGGAAACGCUAGACGCUUAAGCUGUCUGCCACGGUCCUGUCUGCAACCCUUGUAAAAUUUAUCGAAAGUCGAAACAGGCUUGGAUUGUCAAAAAGCUCUGUUUUCGAAAGGUAUUAAUCACGGGUGUUUCCUUGCAGAAAGAUGUCAGACAGUAUUGUGGAUGAAAGGUGACUUCGAUUUGAUAAAAUGCUUUGCAGAUGGAACAAACUCACUGUGUCAAUGAUGAAAUUUCUUGUGACUUAUAGGGUGACUGAUGAGGUAGAAGCUCUGAAGGCUAUUCUCCUGGAUGAUGAAUUGAACAUCAAAGCAAAUGAGAGGGGUGAGCCAGAAUGUAUAGAGACUCUGGUGUUUCCAUCAACGGGAGAGGAUUCUCAAUCUCAGUAUGUCUGUGUGAGACUAGUGGUUCAAUUACCUCCUGGUUAUCCAGAUGUUUCUCCAAGUGUUAAUCUCAGGAAUCCUAGAGGAUUGGAUGAAGAUACGGUGAAACUUAUUCAAUCGGAUGCAGAAGCCAAAUGCAAAGAUUUUGUUGGACAGCCGGUCAUGUUUGAAUUAAUCGAAUUGGUCCGGGAGCACUUGACUCAUAGUAAUCUUCCAACUGGGCAAUGUGCCGUUUGCCUAUAUGGAUUCCGUGAGGGUGAUGAAUUCACCAAAACUGAGUGUUAUCAUCACUUUCAUUCGCAUUGCUUAGCAGCCCAUGUUGCGGCUGCUGAACGUUAUUAUAGAGAAGAACAAGAAAAACUUCCUCAAUGGCAGCAAGAUUCCACAAACAAAUUUCAAGCAAUUUGCCCUGUUUGUCGCGAGUCCAUCAACUGUGACGUUGAAAGUCUGUGGUCUGCUCCACCUCCAAUAGAUGUUGAAACAGCCACAGACUUUUCAGUGACAGCAGAAUUACGUGAAUUACAACGGCAAAUGGCCGCUUUAUUCUUACGUCAGCAACAACGUGGAGGGAUUAUUGACCCUGAAGCCGAAGGAGUUAAGAUGUUACUAAGAACGGAAGAUGAUCCUGCUGCAGCCACAGAAGAAGUUAGUCCUCCUGGAACCAGUUUGAAUGCAUUUGCAAAUCAAGCAGCACACACUUUUACUCAAAUGCAACAUCCUCAAGCAAAACAGACAGCACAACAACAAUCUGAACAAUCAAAUCUAAAUCAGUACCAACCACGACAAUCCCACCAUAAUCAUCACGGACAUAACAAUCAUGGUCACCGUAACAGAGGACGAGGACGGGCUAAUUAUCGGCGCCACUUUGACAGAAUGAGGCAAACCGAAUCCACUCCCAGAUGACAAUGGGCUCGCCAUAAUCUAAGCACUGCCUGGUCCUUCCCAUCGCUAAUCGUCUACAAUUUAAUUAGCAUUAGACAAGUUAUCGUCGAUGUAAUUAUUUACAAUAGCUGUCUAAUUUUUAAUUGUCUCCGUGUCGUCAAGUUAUAGGCACUGUUGUUCAGCAACAUUCCCAUUGUGACGGUGUAUAAAAUGGGAUGUGUUGGAAUUUUUAAGGACUGUCUACAUAGACUGAAGUCGCGGUGCUCUACUCCUACUGUCAUCGAGUUUAAUAGUCUGACCGAAAUAAUUAUUUCAAGACUCGCGAUUUUCAUAAUUUUUCUAGAAUUCGUGUAUUCCUAUGUAAAGAAAAAAAAGAGGCUUCAACUCCAAAAUUUAACUAAUUCAAUUUUGGUACAGCAAUUUAGACUUAAGAAUAGACAAGGAUUUUAUCGAUUAUCGAAUCGCUCUUUUUCUUAUUUCAGAGUUUCUUCGUGACACAGGAGCCGUUUUUCUUCUUUUAUCCAAAACCAAAAAUAAUAUGCUUUAGUUUUAUAUCUUCGAUAGUCGAUCGAGCACUAGACAUCGUCUAUGAAGGAUACUCCUUAAAAAUAAAUAAGACAAAAUAUGAAAGAGGCGAAUGAAUUUCGAGACUACUUUGAUACUUAAAGGAAGAGAGUUAGAGAGCAAAAAGAACUUAGUCUUAUAUGCUUAGAGAAUUACGAAGUUAUUCAGCAGUUCUUGUUAUGUUUCGUUUCUUUUAUUUUUUGUUCUGUCAUGUAACACAUGGAGAUUCGUACUAUACACACCAGUGGUGGUAACGUAGAGGAAAAAUGAGGCUCAAACGUAGUAUAUCGUCAAGCUUUCAUUACAGCUAGUCUUAUAACAUUGACGAAGUAAUCUCGUCUGUGAGUAACUAUAUGUUUUCUUUUUAUUUUAUUUUUUUUAUUUUUGUCCAUAUAAAGUGAGUCUAUGUUGGUAGUAUGAUAUUGCUGUAUACUAAUCAUUAUUUUUUUUCGAGCGCGCGGUAAUUCAUAAUCAAAUCAAAGAGACGAGUCAAAAAGAUUAUAAAAACGUUCGACUUAUUAUUACACUUUGACACGAGAUACUUCGUCGUAUAAUUAUUUCUAUUUUUUUUAUUUUCCUGUCAAUUGCUUAAAGCUACCUCUUUCUACUUUACUUUGGCUUUAGAUUACAAAGACUCUAUUUCUUCCUUGAUGUAUAGUGCUUGACUGUGAUACUUUAUGAGAGAAAUACUCCUUUUCGUUAAUUUCCUUUAAACAUUGUCCUUUCAUAAUAUUUGAAUAACGAAAUCUUAAACUUUUCAUUAUUCUGAAACUUAGUACUUUAAUCAGACUUAUAAGUCAGCAAAAUCUUUGCUCAAUCUGUACGUGAUUAAGUAAGAUAAUAAGCUGAAACUUUGAUUUUCAUUAUGAUACUCAAAUUCAGGUACAAUGCAACUUAUGAAUAACUGUGGUAUUAAAAAUAUUAAUUCAAUAAUGAUUGUUGAACAAAUCAUACCUUAUGAGUAGGUGUUUGAUUUAAAUUAAUUUUUAAAAAUUUUGAUUCUCAUGUUAUAUAACCAUGACGAAGUUAAUUGGUUACUGGAGGAGCAUGAGCUUAACAGGUGAACGUGUAAAGUAUGAUACAUAUGUGAAACAAUGUAAUGUGUAAUGCAUAAGAGAAAUUAAGAUGGGACGCUCCCAUAUUAUAUGCCGUGCCAUAAAUGUUGCCAAAGUUUUAAAUGACAAAUUUCAGUUUGUCGCAUCGCUAAUAAUAAUGUGCUCCACGCUUAUCGAUAACGCUUGAUACAUUGCGUUGCUUUUAUUACAAUUUUAAACAUAAUGUCCGUAGCAACGCACGCAAUUAGCCAGCCGUUGGCCGGAGCUUGAGUAAUUUGCUCCAUUUCGUGACACGUCGUCCAAUGUCAGUUUCUCAUGAAUAACAAUCUGUAUGUGCACUAU